AAAAAUACUUAAUGGACUCAACCAAAGUUGCAGCUUCCAAAGAAACUGUAGAGAAGUCAAAGGAUGCUACUAAAGAAGAGGAGAAUGACUUCGAAGUAUCAGAGGUAGGAAAAGCUACUGAAAAUCUUGCUAAACUCGACAUUAACAAAGAUCAUGAAGAAAAGAAGAAUGCAGAAAACAAAUCUAAGUUAGCUAAAUCUUCCAGAGUCUUCAAGCCCAAAGUCAAGGAAAAGGCUAAGUUAGAGAACACAGGCAGGACCUUUAAACCUCCCCAGAAGAAUCUUGAAGAGGAGAAAAAGGAGGAUCAGGACUAUGCCACAGGAUUUAACCAAGGUGCUCCUGAGUAUGCCAUCGAUGGCCCAGAUGAGCAGCACGUCGAAGAUGCAUUCCUCCAGUUCCAGUAUGAAAAUGAGCAGCAUGAACUUCUCAACAAUGCAGUCGGCGAGUUUGGAGAGGGCCUCAUAAGAUUUGAGGAAAGUUCAAGAAAUUGUGAAUGCUGUCAAGGACUUGUUGAAAGAUGUGAUGGAGACAUAUGCCAAGUUCUUGGAGAAUGCUACUGUCUUUCCCAUAAGAAGCACAAAAGUAAAUCUUAAGCUUAUUAAUUAAGAUACACAUUGGUCUCAUAUU